CGUUCACCAAUCAAUCACCAUGAGUAUGAGUAUAUUCAGUAGGUUAGAUCCAGACAUCAUGCAUACCCACAUCCUUCCCCGCCUCGACGGCACAACCUUAAUCGUCUUAUUCUCUGUAUGUUCAGAACUCCGUCACAUGAUUUGCCACAACAACGAAGAUCUAUGGCGGAACAUAUGCACCUCAAAGUGGCCUUCUUUACUGAAGGAUCCUAUUGUUCACAACGUCAUCUCCACUUUCCCUGGUGGUUACCGUUCCUUUUUCUCCGACGCAUUCCCUUCCCUGCACCAUCUUAAUAAUUCUCAUUGUUCCUAUCCUCUUACGAUAGAUUUAAUACAUGCUGUUGAUAUCUAUAUUCAUGGAGAAUAUUUGACUUCAAGCGUUCGAGUUCAAAGCUUAAACACAGACUGUCUUUCUUCUUCGGAUUUAUUUCAUCUGACGUUUGAUGAUUUGAAUAUGAGUCAUAUUCAUACCAAGGAGUGGAAGGAAGAAGAUGUGUUAAAGAAUCUUUGGACUCUUCUGAAGUUGAGUUGGAUUGUUAUAGAUCCAAUUCGUAAGCGUGCAGCGAACUUGCUUCGUUCCAGUUGCGAACCUGUUCGGGUUUCACAACGCAAUCAUGAGCGGGGUCUAGGUGAACAUACGAUUCAGUACGAGUUGGUAAUGGCGGGGUAG